CAGCCGCGGACCCCGCAGCACGCCGUGACGCACCCGGACCUGCUCGUGCACCGGUUCUCCCGACGUGCGCCGAGGAUGCGGACUUCUCUGCUCGUGUGCUGCUGCGUCUUCACGCUGCAAUGCCUCCCCGCGCGGGGGUCCGGCGGCGGCCACGGACUGGCCCCGGUCUCUGAAAAGUUGCCCGACCUGAAGCAGAGGGGGAAGCUUCCUCACGUUCAGGACGUAGUCAAAGAGGCGAGUUGGCCGACCAACGCCUCCAACGCGUGGAACCGACCUCGCUGUGGCGUCCCGGACUACCCGGCCCACAAGGAGGUGCGUCAUCGGGGGCGACACCGCCAGAGACGCUUCGUCCUGUACGGAGGUCGUCUGGAGAAGACGGACCUCACCUACAGGAUCGUCCGGUUCCCCUGGCAGAUAGGCGAGGAAAAGGUUCGCCGUGUCUUUCGGGAGGCGCUGAAAAUCUGGAGCGACGUGACGCCGCUCACCUUCACCGAGGUCCAAGGCGAGAAGGCCGACAUCCGCAUCGACUUCACGAGGUACUGGCACGGAGACAACCUCCCCUUCGACGGCCCGGGUGGGAUUCUCGCUCACGCCUUCUUCCCCAAAACGCACCGACAGGGCGACAUCCACUUCGACUACGACGAGUCGUGGACCCUCGGGAACCACAUGGGGACGGACCUCCUCCAGGUGGCCGCCCACGAGUUUGGCCACGUCCUGGGCCUGCAGCACUCCCGCGAGCCGGGGGCCGUCAUGUCGGCGUACUACUCCUUCUCCUACCCGCUGAGGCUGAGCGAGGACGACAAGCGAGGCAUCCAGUAUCUUUACGGCGCUCGUCCGAAGGUCCCGCCCUCGCCUCCGCCCCCUCCUCCGCCGCCGCCCCCUCCGCCCCCUCCUCCGCCGCCCCCUUCGAACCCGGAGACCAAUGAGAUCGUCAGGAAUCCCGACGCUUGCCAGACGGGCUUCGACGCCGUGUCCGUGAUCCGGGGCGAGCUGUUCUUCUUCAGGUCGGGCUACGUGUGGCGGAUCCGGGACGGCCGUCUGGAGGCCGGCUACCCGGCGCUGGCGUCCCGUCACUGGCGAGGGAUCCCCGACGACAUCGACGCCGCCUUUGAGGACGAGUCGGGGAACAUUUGGUUCUUUCAAGGUGAGAGCUACUGGGUGUUCGAUGCCGAGAUGCAGAUCAAAGGGCCGGAGUCCAUCAGGAGUUUGGGUCUGUCGGUGUCCGGGAUCCAGGCGGCGCUGCGCUGGGGCCACGACUCCAACUUCAACACCUACUUCUUCAAGUCGGGCGGCUACUGGAGGUUCAGCCCCCGCGACCGCCGGGUGGAGUCGGUGUACCCGCGCAGCAUGCAGGACUGGAGCGGCAUCCCCGAGGACGUGGACGCCACGUUCAGGGACGUCUACGGCUACGCUCACUUCAUCCGAGGUCGACAGUACUGGAAGUUCGACCCCGUCGGCAGGAACUCUCUGGAGGGAUACCCGCGCUACAUCGGCGUGGAUUUCUUCGGCUGUAGAAACGCGUGAGUUUCUCAUUUUGUGGAGAAUCACGUCGCCGGGAUUUUUUUUUGUUCUUUUAUUAUUUUCACCACGAAGAGGAUUUUUAUAUUUCGGAGCGCAGACGUUUCCUUUAAAUCCGUCUUCGCUUCACUCCGUUUAUCGAAUCCCAACUUCGUCUCAGGAAAAACCCGACUCGUGUUUCCUUCAGACUCGGCACCUCCU